AUGAUGGACAGCCGGUCCGCAGCUCGUCGCUCGUCAGAAGCGAAAUCGGGAUCGGAUUCGGAAGGAGCGAACGACAUGCGAGACGAGGAACGCGGGUGGAGCCCGUCGGAGGGAAGCGAGGGGUCGAGCGACGGCAGCAGAGGCGCGGAGGAGGCGCAGCGCGGAAAUAACGCGCGGAGAGCGGCGGCGGAGGUUGUAGCAGAGGCGGAAGAAGAUUCAGGCGUGCGGGAAGUGGAGGAAGAGGAACUAGGGGAUGAGGCGGAGGCGGAGGAGGGGGAGGAGGGGGAGGAGGAAGGGGAGGAGGGGGACGACGAUGCGGACGAGCCUCCUGAGGAGUCUUUUCAGCCUUUUCAGUUUGCGCCCGAUUCCCCUCCCCCCGCGGCUCUUCCGCUCCCCGAGAUGUCCCCCGCGCCCUUGGAACGCGCGCGAGUCACGACCCCAUCUGACGACGACGAGGAUGAUGAUGACGUGGCGGAUGACGACGAUGACGUGGACGAAGAUCGUCGCAUGGGCCCGCGGCUGCCACGUCGGCCUGCGAGAGCCGCAGGAUCCACUCGGGCUGUAGCGCGGGGGACGGCUGUAGCGCCGGAGAUGACUGUAGCGGAUCUGGAGUUCCCAGGGUCGCUGCUGGGGACGAUCGUGGACGGGUUGGGCAAGUGGCCUUGGACGGUUUGGCCUAACCACAUGCGCUCCUGCCUCGCUGCCGCUGCUCGCAUACUCCACGCUGCUACUCCCGCUGCUGAUGCUGGUUCUGGUGCUGCUGCUUCUGCUGGUGCGGCUGGUGCUGCACCUGUCGCAGCAGACCCGGACGAGUCAGGUCCUAUAGUGAGUCCCGCGGUGCGAGCAGAGGCGCAGCGGCUGAUGCGACGCGCUGUGCUGAAGCGCAAGCUGGCGACGCUCUUCCGGGAGGCCGCGCCCAGCCUGUUUGAGAAGUGCCUGGACGACCGCGCCAUCUGGAAGUGGGGACGCGACGUGCAUGGGAAUAUCUUCGAGGCGUUUGUUUCCCUUAUGGAUGUGAUUGUACUGAAGCUGCUUGAGUUGAUUAUAGCGAGGGAGGCUCUGGCGGAUGCAGCGGCUGCUGUGGCUGCUGCGGCUGGAGAAGGAGUGGUGGGUGGAGGGGAGGGGGACGGGCAGGGGGAGAGAGUGAGGGAGAGGAAGGAGGAGGUUGAGGAGGCAGAGAGGAGGAGUGUGGAGGUAGAAGAGGAGAUAGCAGCGCUUCUAACAGCCAUGGCGCAGGGAUGGGACAGCACGUGUCAGUUCCACUGCAAACACAAGAACGAGCAGCUGCCACGUGUCGCGCCGCGAUUGGACCGCCCGUGCUUCUAUGCCAUCUCCCUGCCCCUAGACCCCGCCCCAAUCGGCCCCUCCCUCCCCGGACUCCCUUCCCCCGGAUCCCAGGCGGCUGGGGGGAGGAGAGGCGGGGGGGAAAGGGGGGAAGAAGGGGAGGGCGGAAGCGUGGGCUCGCACCAGUGGCUGGUGCGGUUUCUGAACUACUUUGGGCAGACGGCGUAUGGGAAUGGGUAUGGACGCGUGGUGCAGGUGCUUCUGAGGCUCAUGUCGGGGUUUGACAGGCAGAUCGAAGCACAUGCUGCUAGGCUAGGAACAAUCAGACAAGAGCACGAACGGCAGCAACGGCACAAGUGGCAGGAGCAGCAGGGACGGCAGGAGGGUUUCGUGGGCAGGAAGGCGGGAUUACCACCCCCAUCGCCGUCCCCACCUCUCCCCCGCAUCCCCUGGCCGCGCAUGCCUCUGGUGGCUGUAGAGGCACUGCUGCGCCCCCUGGCAACUGCAGCAGAGUUCCUCACCCCUCACGUCGGCAACAUGCUGCUGCAGCCCUGCAAGGAAUUGCUGCUGGCCAUAACGCGGUGCAUCGGCUACCACAUGGAAUCUCUAAACGAGGGCCCCCGGGACGGCUCCUUCCAGUGCCUGUCACUCACUCUGCGCCACGUUCGCGCGCUGCUCGCCCUGCCCUCCUCUGCUAGUAGUGUUCGCGACAUUCUCUUUGACAUUAGUCUUGCGGAGGCAGAGGAGGAAGAAGAGGAAGAAGAGGAAGAGGAGGAGGAGGAGGAUGAGGAUGCUGAUGUUGACGAUGUGGAGGUGGUAGCAGAGGCAGUAGUGGGGACGGUGCAGAGGCUGAUGGUGAAGCGCAUGCUGGGAGCGCCAUCGUUCAGCAAGCAGCUCUCGGCUGCCAGGGAGAUCAACCGCAUGCUCGAAAGCUCAGCUGCUCUGAAGAUGAGGGACAAGGGAGCAGCCUUGAGAUCAACAAUCAAUUGGCUGGAGGCCAAUAAGAUUCUGCCACUUGUCCUGCGCUCCAACCUGCACCACAAGCAAUACGUGGACCAAGUGGUAAAGAUCAUGAGGGCGCUGCUCAACCAGCGUCGCCUGCUGGGGAAGCACCUGGACGCCGUGUGGGCUGCCACUGAGAAGCCCGACCAGUUUGAAGCGGUGAAGAACAACAUUUUCGAUCUGCUGGCGGAGCUGGCCUGGUCCUUCUCAGACGAGCAGCUCGACUCUCUCUUCUCCCGCCUGCAGCACAUCCAGGGUCGCUCAGCGGCAGAUAUAGCGAAGCUGAUGCAGCUGGUGAAGAAGCUCGCGCGGUCCGACACCCGUGGCGUCAUGGCCUCCAGGCUGCUGCAGCUUCUCUGGACACUCGUAUUCGACCCGCCUCACACCCAUGCAGUCCCAACGUCAGGGUCAGCGUCAGCAUCAGCACCAGCAUCAGCAGCAGCAUCGGCAGCAGCACUGGCAGCAGCUGCAGAUGUUGCGUCAGUGAACGUGCUUGAAUCGAAGGCCCUCACGGAGGUGUUGGGCCACUAUGCUUCUGUUGGGUGUGCUAAUAAAGAGGAGUACAUGCAACGCUGCCUACAAGCCAUCUCGCGGGAAGAGAGUGUCAUACCAGCCCUCCAGCUGCUGCGAGAGAUCAUCUCUCUGCACCCCAACCCCGCUCCACCUGCUGAGGAGCAGCAGAUGCUGCAGGCUCAGCUGCAAUCACUGAAUGCAAACCAUGAGCUCGAGUACACUGUACUGGGCAGUCUACAGACCUACAAGGGCCUGGCCCGCUCCAUGUUCGCCUCUGCACGCUCUGCCUCCCCCCACCAACCACAGCCCAUGACUGCUCCAAGCAAACCUCUUCCAGUCAGCCCCGUUCCACCCAGCAGCAGCAGCUCACUACCUGUUCCAGACGCCAGCGUCCUGACCAGGAGUGACGGCAGUCCCAUGCAUGGCGUGGUGGUGGCGGAAGAGGUGAGGCAGGAGUGCCGUGGCGGCGGUGGGGUUGCGGCAGAAGAGGAGAGAUCGUCGCCCGCUAUGGACUGUGACGAGCCGCAAGGGCAGCAGCAGCAGGAGGAGCAGCAGAAGCACGGGCAGGAGGGGCGGCAGCAACAGCAGCAGUGCUCGCAGCAGCAGCAGCAGCAGCAGCAGCAGCAGCAGCAGCAGCAGCAGCAGCAGCAGCAGCAGCAGCAGCAGCAGCAGCAGCAGCAGCAGCAGCAGCAGCAGCAGCAGCAGCAGCAGCAGCAGCCAGCAGCAGCAGCAGCAUCAGCAGCAGCAGCAGCAGCAGCAGCAGCAGCAGCAGCAGCAGCAGCAGCAGCAGCAGCAGCAGCAGCAGCAGCAGCAGCAGCAGCAGCAGCAGCAGCAGCAGCAGCAGCAGCAGCAGCAGCAGCAGCAGCAGCAGCAGCAGCAGCAGCAGCGCAGCAGCAGCAGCAGCAGCAGCAGCAGCAGCAGCAGCAGCAGCAGCAGCAGCAGCAGCAGCAGCAGCAGCAGCAGCAGCAGCAGCAGCAGCAGCAGCAGCAGCAGCAGCAGCAGCACGUGCAGCUGCAGCGGCAGUUGGAGCAGUGCACGUUGGUGGAUGGAAGGCACUCCCACCGCGACAACAUCACUGCCCGCCUCUCCUUCCUCCUCUGGGCGCUGCAGGUGCUUGCUUCCCCUCUUCUUUUCGUGGCGCUCUUGGAUUGGUUGACGCAGCUGCCUCCGGAGCAGUUCUCGCCUGUGGCUUGGAGGUGGGUGGGCUUGCCAAUGCCGUGGACUACUGUAGCAGCAGCACUCCCAGUGGGAGCAGGAGCAGUAUCAGGGGGAGCAGCAGCAGGGGAGGGCGUGCAGGUGGCAGUGGCGGGGGAUGUGGGCGGGCUGAAGGGAGUGGACCUUGUGUGGUUGCUGGCUCUGCGCUGCCCCUCCCCUGCCAUCUGGCAACCCUGCAUCCAGCUAUUAAGGGACCUGCACUCCUCGCUUGUAGCCCCAGAAAAGGCCAAGCUAGUGGCGGUGCGGCAGAGCUUCAUAAGCGAGUGCAUGCGGCGCCUUGCUGCUGCGAUGCAGCAGCUGGAGGGAGGGACAAGUGUGGAACAUAACGGGCAGAAGUUGGGGGGGCAUAACGGGACCGUGGAAGGGAGAAGCGCAGGAGGAGUGACGCCCACUGGGAGGGAUGCUCUGCCCAUGGAAACGAGUGCGGAGGAGAGUGAUGGCGGGGAGAGGACGGGUGAUGCUAGGGACGGUGGCGGUGGUGAUGUGGCAAUGGCUGGACAGGAGGACGAGGGUGGCUUGGAAGCGAGGGAGGAGGAGAGGGAGGGCGGGGGCGCAGGGAGUGGGGAGAUGAAUGGUGAAGGCAGGGGUGGUAAGGGUGGCAGGAGCAGCAAGGGUGGCAGCAGUUUGGAAGGGCAGGCGUCAGCAGAGGAGCAAGCACAACGCUGCAGGCGGUCAGAACCACUGUUCUCCUCCCAUUGCAUCAUCACCUCCUCCAUGCCCCAUGCCCCUCUCCCCCACUUCCCCUCCCAGCAAUUCCUCACGCGCUGUGAGGCCUCCUGCCCGCGCAAAGUCCCGGCCCAUGGUGCCUCCUACCAGGGCAGGCCGUUUCAGGUGGAGCUGAAUCCCCGACCUCGCAGCAGGCAGCAAGGGGAGGGAGGGGAGGCAGAGCUUCCGGGAGUGCUCAUGGCACGACAGGGGGAGGUGUACGGCACUCUCUUGCGCCUGCUUCAAUCCGCCAACCAUCAAGUGCAGCAGGCAGCGGACGAGCUCCUCAUGCUGCUGCCAACACACCGCGCCAUUCUUGACGAUUUCAUGAGCAUCCAGUCAGCGCCAUCAGCAGUCGAGGCUGCCACCAUUCUGACGCAUCUCCUGCGCCCCUCACCACGCCUUGUUUAUACACUGCAGGUGCUGGACGGGCUAUUGCUGCCUGUCAACCGCCAGCCCUCGCCUGCCACCCUUCGCUUCCGAGCGAGCUUUCUCCAGUCCAAUGGUUUCAGUGCACUCGUGUCAGUCUUUCAGAGCCAAGCACUGCCGCGUGCAGCGGAUGACAGCACGAGGCGGAAGUGCUACAUGAGCGCCCUGCACAUUCUCAAGCUCAUGCUGUUUGGCGAUCACUUUGGUGGCGCCUCUAGCACAGCACCAGGCCUCUGGGAAGACUGGGAGGAGGAAGGCAGCGACGAGGAGCAGCUGCCAGAUGCCGCAUACACAGCCGCAGCAUCAGGAACUGUCGCAAGCACUAUAGAGAGCAUUGUGGGGAGCACUGUAGCGCGUACAGUGCCAGUGGCGGCCGCCCCUCUCCUUGCCACGGCACCUGGCGAUUCGUCUGAGCCAACCUGCCUCAUCCGGGCGGAUGGCACAGUGGUGGUCGCGGAAGCAAAGAGGGUGGGUGAGGGGAUGGACGAGGGGGAGGAGGAAGACGUGGAAGUACAGGACAUUAUUCUAGAUAACGGGGGACUCACUGUAGAUACUUUGGCCCCUGUGCCUGAAAGGGAUGUGCCGCCAUUUGUAGCAAUCAUGGAUGCGCCGUCUACCCUGCUGCCGGCUGAUUGGUCAGAGCUCACCAAUACCAUCAUGAUGCUCGCCUGGGCGGCAUCGAUUGGCUCUUUGCAGGCCAUGGCGUCACCCAAUCCGCACGCAUUCGAUACUGCAGCAGCUGUUGCUCACCUGGCCCUGCAGUCUCGGCUAAAGCAGCGGGUGGAGCAGGCCGGCUCAGGGAAGGGGGGAGGGGAGGAGAGCGAUGAAUCAGAGGACGAGGAUGAUGAGGAGGAAGAGGAUGAGGACGGGGCGGAUUCACCGUUACAUCCUGAUGAUGCAUGCCUGGCGAUAGAAGGAGCGGUGGUGCUGUCAGAGUGCCUGGGUCGUCGGAGAGAGAUCGCCACCAUCCUCUUCUCCUCUCACUUCGUUUCCCGAUUCAUUGUUGACACCUGCUUGCACUGUCCAGAAACUGAAAUUCGAUACAAAUUUGCGGAGCUCUUUCUUCACAUAAGCCUGGAAAAGUGGCCGCCACUCCCCUCCUCCACCACACAGCCAGCAGCACCACCAGUCGCACCAGCUUCCACAGCACUACCAGCAGCAGCAGCAGCAAUGUCAUCGCGAGCAGCAGCAGUGACAGGCCAGGCUGGUGCCACUCUCGGCCUCCCAGGCCCUCCCUCACGCCCCUUCACAUCCAUCCACUCCUGCAUCUUCCACUCCCUCGCCUCUGCCCGCGCUGCUGCUGACAAGCAGCCAAAACACAACAGACCAUACUGGGAGUUGCUGUGCAAGGUGGUGCAGGGGGUGUAUCUUCGAGACGAGGAGGAAGUUGUCAGGAAGCUUCUGGACGAGGAGAUUCGCUGGCUGCAGCACGUGACAUGGGGAAUGGAUGGCAGGGAAGAGCUGCUGGAGGGUCAUCUGCUGCUGCUCAAGGUGCUCGUGGAGGUGCUGGAGUGCCGCCCCCUCGUGGCCUGCUCUCCACCCCACGGCCAUGGGCUGUUGCACCUGCUCAUCACUCGCUGCCUCUUCCCCGAGUGGCCGGUGGUCGUUCCCAGCCACCAACAACAACAACCGCCACAGCAGCAACAACACCACAACCACCAUCACCACCACCAACAACAACAACAACACCAACAACACCGACAGCAACAUCAACAGCACCAGCCACCAGGCGAAUCCUCUCCUCCCACGACCUGGGGCCUUCUCUCUGCCAGCCCCCACGAUGCUGCAGUCUUCCGCCCCCUCUGCUCCGCCUCGCCCUCCCGCAACGCUGCCUUCACCCUCCUCCUCGCCCUCUGUGCCAAGACCCCUGAAGCCCUACGAGAGCUCGCCUCGCUGCUGCUGCCGCUGCACUUUGCCUCGGUGGAGCACGAGUUGCCGUCGUGGGAGUACCUCCCCAGCUGCGCCCCCCGGCCACGUGUGGGAUAUGCAGGCCUCAAGAACGCAGGAGCCACGUGCUACAUGAACAGUGUGUUCCAGCAGCUCUUCAUGCAGCCCCAAGUGCGCCGUGCCCUCCUUGCCUUCCCUGAGACACCCGAAUCGGACCGACCUCUGUCUGUGAUUUACCAAGUGCAGGCCAUUUUCAGCUAUCUGCUAGCAGGCUGCCCUGACUACUUUGUUCCAGAGGGCUUCUGGGAUGCCUUCAGGGACUACGACGGGCAGCCGGUGAACCUGAGGGAGCACCAAGACGCGUUUGAGUUCUUCAACCGGCUCUACGACUCGCUGGAUGAGAGCAUGAAGGCACAGCGGCAUUCCCCCACGCUCACCUCCAUUUUUGGCGGACAUUUUGCACAGCAGAUCAUCUGUCGGGGCUGCCCCCAUCGCAGUGAGAGGGAGGAGCCGUUCGCAGCAGUGAGUGUGGACGUGAAGGGCAAGCGCGGGCUGCAGGAGUCGCUAGAGGCGUUUGUGCAAGGCGAUCUGCUGGAGGCAGAUAACGCCUACUUCUGUGGGCAGUGCGGCAAGAAGGUGGACGCACUGAAGCGUGCGUGCAUCAAGACCCUGCCGCCCACCCUGAUAAUCCACCUGAAGCGCUUCGACUUUGACUACGAGACGAUGCAGCGCCUGAAGCUCAAGGAGCGAUUCACCUUCCCGCUCUCACUCAACAUGCGGCCGUUCACCCGCGAAGGGCUUGCUCAGAAGGAGAGAGAGCAGAGAAGGGGACGGGUAGGGGGUGCAGAGGGGAAGGAGGAAGGGAGGGACGAGGGGGGAGAGUUAGAGCAGGGGCGGGAGGAGGGAGAGGGGGAGGAUAAAGGAGGUGAAAGCGUGAAGGAAUCCAGAGAGGAUAGGGUUGAAGGGGGUGUGGAGGAGAAGGGAGCUGCAGGUGGGGAGGAGAGGAGCGACGGGUAUUAUGAGUACAGCUUGGUGGGAGUGGUGGUGCAUUCUGGAACGGCGUUUGCGGGGCAUUAUUACUCGUACAUCAAGGAGAGGAGCGGCGAUUCUCCGCUGCAUCACAGUCGUCCAUCUCAAUCCCGGUGGCUGUGCUUCGAUGACAAGCGCGUGGAGGCAUAUGACGUGAGAGGGCUGGAGAAGGCAUGGGCUUUUGGGCAGCGGUGGCUGUGCUUCGAUGACAAGCGAGUGGAGGCGUACGACGUGAGAGAGCUGGAGAAGGACUGCUUCGGAGGGAAGUACUCCGCUGAGGUGUAUGACAACCUCAUCAAGACCUCGUCGCCUCAGGAGUUUGACCGGCCCAACAGCGCGUACAUGCUUUUCUAUGAGCGAAUUGCUCCCACUGCUGCUGGCACCAGCACUACCAGUGCUGCCCCUGUGGCCGCCAAUACCACUGCCACCACCACUGCCACAGGUGGUGCUGCCAAUACAGCUGCAACUGCAGAAGGGAUGAGGGCGACAGGAGAGGCGCCAGCAGCGGCAGCCGCAGCAGAGACAGCAGCAGGCGCCCCAACCACCACAAACACUGCCACCACCAUCACCCCAUGCACAGCAGCAGAGGAGAGGGCAGAUGGAGCUGUAGAGCCUUACAGCAUCCCUCCCAGCAUACACCACUGCGUGUGGCAAGAGAACCUCAGGUUUCAGCAGGAGUCACGGCUAUUGGAUCAGACAUACUUCCGCUUCCUGCUGCAGCUCGCACGGGUCAACCUCGACGUCUUUCAAAUGUGCCAUGACCGAGGAAAAAUGGCGGCGUUAUCAGACGCAAGGGCGGGCGGGGUGAAGGCGUCACCACAGCGCAGCGAAGCACUGAGGGUGGAGCGAGCAGCGGAGGAGACUGCAGAGGCGCUGCUGUCGCUGCUGCUGCCGUUCCUCUUCCGGGUCUACUUGCGAGCGCAUGCCAGCCUAAGGACAGAGGACCCUCUCUGGACGGACGUGCUAUCUCGCAUGCUUGACGCCAACAGCACAGCCUGCCGCCUCUUCAACGCGCGCAUGGCGGGCAACAGGCGCUGGCUCUUGCUCUUCCUCCUCAAAUGCCCCAUCAACGCCAUCUCUGUGGCUGUAGCGGAUCUGCUGGUAACCAGCUGCCACAGCGCCACCUGCUUCGUUAACGCACAUCCAUUGGCUGCUGGUUCAACUGUGCCCACUGCAACUCCUGCUGCGGCUGCUGCUGCAGCAGGAGGAGCUCCUGAAGGGCCGGCAGGGGAUGCUGGGGCAGCUGGAGCAGCAGGAGGGGCAGGGUCAGGUGCAACGGGGGAAGAUGCAUUGAAUGUGGAUGCGUUGAUUGAUUCGCUGGUUUCGCUGCUGAGAGACGCCAGUGGCCCCUCCUGCCAUGUGGACAACCUGUGCAGCAUCUUAGUGGAGUAUGCACGCAUCGGCCCUACCCAGCGCCUCUCCCUCAUUCGCAGACAGCUGCCCGCCACCUGUCUUGACUAUCUAGACCGAGUGGGAAUCGCAGCAGCAGCCAAGCUCCAUCUCUCGCCCCUCCACUCCCUCCUCUCCAUCCUCAUCCGCUCCUGCUACCCCCGCCCUCCCCCCUCUCGCCGCCCCACCCCCGCUUCCACCCCUGCAUCAGCGGGGGAUGUGGGGGGGGAUGAGGAGGGGGAAGGGGAAGGGGACGAGGGGGGAGGGGAAGCAAGGGCGCAUGGAAGGGGGAGGAGGAAGGGGGAGGGGAGGUCGCAUGGGAGGGAGGAAAGGGGUAAGGGGAAGGCGGGGCAGGGGGGAGGAGAGAGGCGGAGGGGGCAUGGUGGGGCUUCUGCAGGGGCAGCAGGGGCGGUUGGGGCAGUGGGGGAGGCGGAAGAGGAGGGAGGGGAGGAGGAGGACGCUGGGUUGCAAAAUCCGGCGUUUUUUGGCUGCCCAGUGGCGGUGCUGCCGCCCCGUGUGGCUCAGCUUGCGUCAGACCCGGAUUACGUCAAUCUGCUGGUUAGUAUUUUCGGUCUGUGCUGCUGUGGAAUGUUGGUGAGGUAA